AUGCUGCAGCGGAGGCCGGACCCGGGAGCCAGGGGCGCGAGGGGCCGCCGGAGCCAGGCCGCGGAGAGGGACAGCGCGGCGGCGCAGGAAGGGGACGCCCAGGGCGUGUACCAGCUGGCCACACUCCUGAUGGAGCUGGACGCGGAAGAUGAGGCUUCUCGCCUGCUGGCGGCCGAUGCCCUGUACCGCCUGGGCCGCCUGGACGACGCCCACAAGGCGCUGCUGGUGGCCCUCUCGCGGAGGCCCCAGGCAGCCCCGGUGCUGGUGCGACUGGCCCUGUUGCAGCUUCGGAGGGGCUUCUUCUACGACGCCGACCAGCUGGUGAAGAAGGUGGUCCAGUCCGGGGACACGGCCUGUCUCCAGCCCACCUUGAAUGUCUUCCGCCACGAGGACCGCCAGCUGCUGCGGGGCCACUGCCAUGCGCGGGCCCUGGCCAUCCUGAGGGCGCGGCCGGACGGGGCCGAGGGCGAGGCCCACACGAGGGAGGCCAUCGCCUACCUCUCUCUGGCUAUCUUUGCUGCAGGCGGUCAGGCCGGCGAGUCCCUGCUCACCCGCGCCCGUUGCUACGGCCUCCUGGGCCGGAGCCGGACCGCCAUGUUCGACCUCGACUCGGUGCUGCGGGCGGAGCCGGGGAACGUGCGGGCGCUGUGCGGGCGCGCACUCCUGCACCUGGCCCUGGACCGGCAGAAGGAGGCCGUGGAUGACAUCCUCUCGGCUCUGAAGCAUGACCCGCAGACGGCCAUCCCUGAGAUCUGCUCCCUGAAGCCACAGGCCCAGGCCCUCAUCACGCAGGGCCUGUCCCUCCGCUGCCGGGCCCUGCUGAGCCAGCUGCCGGACACCGGGGCUCCCCUCAGCGACGGAGCCAUCCAGGGCCUCCUGGCCGCGGGGGAGGCCCUGAUCCAGAUCGAUGGCGGGCAGCCGAGCUGGCACAUCCUCCUGGCAGACGUGCUCACUGCCGCAGGCAGCUACGAGGAGGCCGGCGCCCGCCUGCAGGAGGCCCUGCGCCCCACGCCGCCGUCAGAGGCGGCCCGGGCCCGGCGGGGCUUGCUCAGCCUCAAGAAGGGAGACGUUCCCGCCGCCGCCAGGGACCUGCAGUGCCUGGCGGAGACGGACGCCGGGGACCUGGGCUUCCUGCUGCGCCUUCUGGAAGCCUCGCAGAGGGAGGGGGUCACCCAAACCGCAGCCCAGGAAGCCGGUACCCUCCUGAGCUCGGGGCAGCCCUGGCAGGCGCUGGGCUACUGCUCGCUGGCCGUCCUGGCUAGUGGUGGCAGGGCCGGUCACCUGCGCCUGCGGGCCACUUGCCUGGCUGAGCUGCAGGAGUUUGGCCGGGCACUAGGGGACCUGGACCGCGUGCUCCAGGAGGAUGCGGGAGACUGUGACCUCCGGACGAGGGUGGAGGACUUGUGUUCCCGGGGCCGCCUGCUCCUGAGCCUGGGGGAUGAGGCCGGGGCCACAGGGGCCUUGGCCCAGGCCCUCAGGCUGGCACCCACCACAGCCCAAAGCAGCCUGUGGGAGCAGCCGGGCCGGGCCCGCGCCGCCCGCAUCUUCCUGUGCCAGGGGCAGCGCUGCCUGCAGGAGCAGCGCUACACAGAGGCCUGGACAGCGGCCGAGAGCGGCCUCCUGGUGGACCCCGAGCACGGCGGCCUAAAGAGGCUGAAGGCAAGAAUCCGGAGGGAGGCGACCUCAGGCUGCCGGCUACACUGA